AUGCUGUUCUUACUGUACCAGAUACUGGCUCUUCUUGCCACUGUCAAGGUUGCCGCGGGCCUGGCUGAUCCAGGGCACAACGUCUCCCUAGACGCCUCCCUGGACCAUUCGAAGCGAGGGACUGGCUACAUCAACGCAGUCUAUUUUACCAAUUGGGGAAUUUACGGUCGCAACUACCAGCCUGCCGAUCUUCCUGCCCAAGAUAUUACUCAUGUCCUCUAUUCCUUCAUGAACCUCGACCCCAGCGGCAGGCAGCUGUUCAAAGUCAAAAAGGCAAAUCGCAAUGUCAAAGUCAUACUCUCUAUAGGUGGCUGGACCUGGUCCACUAAUUUUCCUUCUGCCGCGGCUACAUCGACAUCUCGUGCCAACUUUGCCAAGAGCGCCGUUACUUUGGUGAAGGACUGGGGCUUUGACGGCAUCGAUAUCGAUUGGGAAUAUCCAGCAACCAGUACCGAGGCGAACAACAUGGUCCUCUUGCUAAAGCGCGUGCGUCAGGAGCUGGACUCCUAUGCGGCCAAAUAUACGCCAGGACACCAUUUCGAGCUGUCGAUUGCUGCUCCCGCAGGACCUCAGAAUUUCAACAAACUCAAACUCAAGGAACUCGGACAGGUAGUCGACAACAUCAACCUCAUGGCAUACGACUAUUCUGGCUCGUGGGACGGUGUGGCCGGCCACCAGGCAAACAUCUGGGCCACCAAGGGCACUGACAAGGCCACCCCCUUCAACACCCGUGCUGCUGUGGAUGCAUACGUCGCCGCCGGGGUCCCCUGUUACAAGAUCAUCCUCGGCAUGCCCAUUUACGGCCGGGCCUUCACCAACACAAAGGGGCCGGGUAGCGCCUUUAGUGGCGUCGGACCAGGCAGCUGGGAGAACGGGAUCUGGGACUACAAGGCGCUCCCGUUCCCGGGCAGCCAGAUGCACUACAACAAGCUGCUUGGUGCCACGUGGACCUACGACCCGAAAUCGCGUACCAUGAUCUCUUACGACACCCCUGCCGUCGUUCGCCAAAAGGUUCGCUUUGAGAAGCGUAGAGGCCUUGGCGGCAGCAUGUUCUGGGAGGCGUCCGCCGACAAGAAGGGGACCGAGUCGCUCAUCUUGACAGCGAAGAACAGCAUGGGCAGCCUGGCCAAGAAGCAGAACUGCCUCGCGUACCCGAAUUCUAUUUACGACAAUAUACGGACCGGCAAGCCUUACCUUACAGCAAUCCAGUCAUUGCAUGACCAAGGCAAUCGGUUUGUGCCGCUUCGAGAUGCAGCGUCAUCCACGGCGGAGCGAUUCCGAAUGAGUCGGCCAGUCAACAUGCUUUCCUCAUCGGAGCGGCUCGUUCGGCAUGCUGCAGCCUCGCUUGACCCUUUUGUAGCAUCUGGAAUACCAAUUACAAGAGAGAAUACGCACAGCGCAGGACCAGAGCCAUCGGUGGAACCUCAUUCCACUCUACCCCGUGAGCGCACAGCCUUCAGAUCACCCAUAGUCGCUAUAUCCCCGAUUCCUGUCGCCGAGCGGCAAGUCAGUCGAGGCGCCGUCUGGUCGGUGGGUGGACUUGCCCCCAUGGGUCACCCCGUCGACGAUGGACGCGGCCACAUGAUCCGUUCAGGCACUCACGCUCAGGUCUACACCACGCCGAUCUCGCGCGGCAAGUCAACACCGCAGAGCGACUCGGAAAUCUAUCAAGGUCGCAUCGCAAAAGCUCUCAAUGUCGACCGUGUCCGCAAGAUCCUCGACUUUAGCGGUCGCUCCACUUCACCUCAGGCAUCACGAGACGCCAAUGGACGCUUAACGAAAAUGGAAGCAAAGACAAAGUGGGAUGGCGUGGGAGUCCUGGAUGCGCCGAGUCUCCGCGAUGACUUUUACUGCUCAGCGUUGGCUUACUCGACAACUUGCCAUAUGCUCGCAGUUGGCCUGGGCAACAGCUUGUAUACAUGGUCCGAGGCUACCGGGGCCAACCCGAUGAAUAAAAGUUCGAACGACAGCAGCUGGAUUACCUCGGUAGCCUUUUCUUCUGCACAGGGCAAAAAGAGCAUCCUUGCCAUCGGACGAGCAGAUGGAGAUCUCGUCCUUCAGUCUACGUUCGACUCAUGCCCCCGAUUUGAGAUAAGACAACCUUGGGGUGUAGCGUGCUUAAGCUGGCGUCCACGGUGUUCGAUGCGUCCUUCCAGAAAUCCUUACAACCCUGGCGUUUCCGUGCAGACAGAAGACCUUGUAGUGGGCUACGAGAACGGGAUCAUAUACUACUAUGUGGAGGUAACGAGGGACACAUGGCAAGGCUCAACGACAAUGGUAGCCAAGAUCGCAAUACAUUUCCAGCAGAUCUGUGGUCUGGCAUGGUCUACCGACGGUAUGUCGCUCGCUUCUGGUGGAAACGACGAUCUUUGUUGUAUAUUUGAUGCAAACGAUAUCCUGGGUGUCGAGCAACGACAUGAGACGACGAUACAACGCACCGACGCAGGGGACCCAGAUGCUCCAAGAGUGGCCGUAUGGCGCCAGUCGCAUCCACCAUGGCCGCGGAUCCAUCGAGCUCGAGCUGCAACAUUUUCUCUGCGAACCUUGACCCCUGGCAGCGAGCGGCAUUGCUGGAUCCACGGCGCCGCUCCUGAGCACUCUUAUCGAAUUGCUGUUUUCAGCUGGCCUGAUUGUCGACAAGUCGCAGCCAUCCCGUGGAAUCAAGGACUGCGUGCCCUGUACGCAGUUCCGUACCCAUCUGCUCCUUGGGUCGGCGAACCAUCCUCCGGCGGCCGCCCAGUCCACCAAGGUUGUCUGGUAGUCGCUGCAAGCGACAAUUCCGUCAAGUUCCACGAGGUAUGGCCAGAUGACAAGAAGUCAACGACAGGUGGGCCUGGUACAUUGGCCGGCAGUGACAUCCUGGAGAGUCUCGAGGGGAUUGACAAAGAGGGAGACGUGAUCCGCUGA